AUGCCACAACCACGCGCCAUUGCCAGCAUGCCUUUCCAAUUCCUAUCCACGCUCAACCUCCACAGUCUCACAUCCGUCCUCUUGACCUGGCGGACGCUCGCACUCUUGCUCUUAGUCACGAACCUGAAAUCCCUCCCGCUCGCCUGGCAUUUCCGCCUCACCUACCGCUUCGUGCGCAACCUGCUCACGCCACAGCAAGUAACGCAAUCGCUCCGCGCCGCCGCCGCCGCCAAUGCCGUCCACCCCAUCUUCGCGCCCGCCACGAUCCGCACUUCCUCCCCUCUCCUCGAAGGCGACUACAACCUCCACAAGUCCAAUUCCACCUACUUCACUGACCUGGACGAAUCGCGCACGGCGCUGUGUACGCGUCUGCUUAGUGCGGGCCUGAAGGCACCAAAGCCUGAACAGCAGCAGUCAGGCGCCAAUAAGGGCCGCUUGAGCAUCAUCCUCGGCUCCGUUCACACCAGUUUUCACAAAGAAAUCAAAAUGUACUCGACGUACGAAGUCCGUUCUAGGAUCAUUGGGUGGGAUCGGAAGUGGCUGCUGGUUGGCAGCUGGUUCGUGAGGCCAGCGCCCAGGGGCGGCAAGGAGACGCUGCUGGCGAGCGCGCUGAGCAAGUACGUGAUCAAGCGAGGCCGGCGGACCAUUAGUCCCGAGCACUGUCUUCAGGUGGCGGGCUGGCUGCCCGCCCGGCCCGAGGGAGUGGAUGCGGAGCGCGGCGUCGAGGCCAGCGGCGUGCUGGUGCCGUCCAAUGUUGAGACGGAGGCGCAGACGCCGGUGCUGGCGCCGGCAGUGGACACGGCGGCCAAGGGGGUGGAGGCGGUGGUCGAGAAGCUGGAGAAGGUCAAAGGAGAGGCAGAGGAGAUUCGAGAUCCCGUCGCGGCUGCGGCCGCGGGGCCAGUAGAUGGAGUGGUGGGCGAGUGGGACUGGCAUCGCAUUGAGCAGGAGCGCUUACGCGGCCUAAAGAUCGUGGAGGCGUGGAUGGCCUUGGACGGGAGUCUGAAAGAGGAGUUCGAGCAUGAACUGUAG